AUGGCUCAGAACGGACAUAAGGUCUCAGGGGGGCGUAAGAAGGUGCUCAUUGUGGGCGCCGGCGCUGCCGGCAUGUCUGCAGCACACCAUCUAUCACAACACCCUGAUAAGUUCGAUGUAACGCUCAUAGAUGCCGUCGACUAUUGUGGUGGUCAAGCAUUCUCUAUUCCACUGGACAAGGAGCGUUACGGAGCAUCGUGGUGUAACCAAGGAGUCCAGGGCGGUUCCUAUAUUUUCCAUCACACAUUGACCAUGUUUCACAGGCAGGGCUUCCACGCGGAUCCCGUAAACCUCCAAGUUUCAUUCGGGAAAGACGAAAUGUUCUGGUCCAACAUGUUUCCCACGCGACUGCUGGCUCGUCACGAAAAAGAGGUUCGGCGUCUGCCAACGAUGUUGAAGCUGAUGCGCUGGUUCGAGAUAUUCUUCGCCCUGAUUCCCCUGAAGAUCGUAUUCAAAUUAUUUGGGUUUUCUGAAGAAUUCACCAACACCAUCGCUCUACCGAUGACAGCCCUAUUUCUAGGCACCGGAAAUGCAACUCCGGACGUUCCGGCCGUCAUGUUUGAGCGACUGUGCACCUCGCCGACGUAUGGCAUGUGGUACACUCCCGAUAGGAAGACGUUCAUCAAUAACAAACCUCCUAUGGUCGUGUUUCCCAACUUCUCCGAGUUUUAUAAUACCUGGAAAGAGGAUCUUAUCUCGCGUGGCGUGACGGUUCGAUUAUCCACAGAAUUGGUCGAGAUCGUUCGACGGGAUCGCAGUGGUGUGGUCGUCAGACUUAAAGCACGCACCCCAAUGCACGAUGGACAUAACCCCACCGGCGGCGAUCCCGAUGCUUCCACUAUCGAAGAAAUGCAUGACGAGAUCGUAAUGUGCUGUCUAGCGGACACCGCAAGGAACGUGCUCGGUAAGGCGGCAAGCUGGAGCGAGAAGAGAGUACUGGGGUCAGCUAAGUUUAGCGACGACAUUACGAUCACUCACAACGAUUCGGAUUACAUGAAGAAUCAUUAUGAGAACUUCUAUAGGGAUGACUUGGCGGUGGCCAAACUUAACGGAGUAGACCAGACCUCGCGUCUAGACUCUUCGAAAAAGAACUUUCGGCCAAUGUACUACAUCAAGAUGUAUGGAGAAGACAAGUCGAAGCUAGAGAUGUGUUUCGAUACGACGAACUACCAGAGCCAGUUUCCCGAAAAGGUACCCUUCGAGAAGCACGUGUUUCAGACGAUUUACCUCAACAAAGAGCGCGACAGGAAACUAUGGACGGAUCACGAAAUCAAAGAGGAUAAGAUUAUUCGGAGGGACUGGUGGCAUCAACUCUGCCACAGCUACACGCAUUACCUGUUCGUGGUGCCGUGGAUGAUGUUCCUCCAAGCGAAGAACCAUACCCGCUACGCGGCGUCGUGGACCUUGGUCAAUGCGCACGAGGUCGCGGUCAUUUCUGGCAUUGCAGCCGCUGUGGACCUCGGGGCAGACUAUCCUGAGGACCUCGAGAACGACAGGUUUGCUUUCCUAUGCUUUCGACUAUAUUACCUCCUUGCAUAUGGGAAGUGGUAUAGUAGCAGACGCAGACGCAGACACACUACUACGAAACAAGGGGGGUCCACCACGCAGGCCGCAAAACCAGGGGGUGGCUGGGGCACGGGGCUCUACGGCAGCGUAUACGAGGGCCCGGGAGUGACAAAAACGGAGCGGCAGACGUGGAAAGAGGAGCUCAGGAAAGGUGCUAGUCUUGACAACAUGGCCGGCGGAAAUGCACCUGGGAGGAGCCAACCGUGA